AUGACCGGGCGCAAGCAGAAGGCCGCCCGUGUGACGCUGCCCGACGCGCUCGCGCUUCCGCACGUCGUCGAGGCCAUUGCGACGUGCUUACGCGACCAGAAGGACUUUAGCAGCUUCCUCUACGCGGUGCCACACUCGCUCUGGACACCAGCGCUCACGGCCAUUCUCGACUGCGCCACGGCCAUGCCAUCAACGGUCAGCACCAACUGGCCGCGCAUCGAGCUGCGUAGCAUGGAGUUGCCGCCUUCAAUCUUGACGCUGCUCGCGGCGACGCUGCCGCUGCGUCCACGCAUCGAACUCCGGUGCCCGAUCCGACAGGCGGCGCCACUGGCCUCGCUCGUUGCCGUCGUCGGCCCUGCGCUCAGCAGCGUCUUUCUCUGUUUUCACCGCGGCCACAUGGUCGGUGGUGGCGGCCAAGUGAUCAGCGACCUCCUCUUGCAACGCUCGUGGCUCUCGACGGCGCCGGCGACGAAGCUCAGAUUGGCCAAUGUCGCCCAAAUGGACCACGAUGGGGCCAUUGCGUUCUGCGAUGCGCUGCAAGCCAAAUCUACCCUCCAAGAGCUGGCCAUCAGCCACGUCCCCAGCCUCGGUGGCUUCCAUGGCCGCACACUCCCAGUGUCGUUGAAGACCUUGGAGUGGAAUUCGAAUUACAGCGGACACGUCGACCCCGCAACGAUGACGGACCUCGCGACUGCCGUCGGGGCCACGCAGCUCGAGCGUCUCGAAUGCAGUGUCUUUGGCCAGUUGGCGACAUGCCCGGCGGCGGCGCCGAUGCUGUUGCAACUGCAGUCGCUCACGGUCUCCGGGUUGCAGGCCAACCACAUGAAGGCAUUGAUCGACGGCUUGUCGUCGGUCCCGGCGCUGACGUCUCUUGAGCUGUGCAAUUGCUUCCUCUUGUUGUCGACGGAGCUGCUCAUGAAGACGCUUGCGACGACGUGCGUGCAUCUCGAGACGCUCCAACUCUGGGAUUGUGAUGAUUUGACGCAGCGCGAGGCAGCUGUCCUCUCUGGCACGUUGGACCUGCCGCGCUUGACGUCGCUAACCAUGGCGAUCCGGCUCUCUCCCAUGCUCGACGUGCUUCCGGAGCUCGUUGCCGCGGGCCGCCAGCUCCGGACACUCCACUUGGAGACCAGCGACGACGGCGAAGAGCAUGGAGAUGCCGAUGAAGACAAGCUCGCGCUCUGUCGGGCGCUGGCACUUAUCCAGAGCGUCCCGUUUGUCGUGGAGGCGCUGCCAGAAGACACCGAUGCGUUUGUGGUCGACGCCCUUGGACCGCGUGCCGAUUCUGGUGAUCGAUGUCGUUUGCUUUUCACAUAA